CCCCAACAGCAUGGUGUACCCCAAUGCUGGAUUUGUGGUGAAAAAGGCCAUCUACGUCGUGAUUGUAAACACCGCCUAAAAGAUAACUACUGCCGAAAUUGCGCGACAAGAUGGCGCAAAAGAAGAGAAGAUGAUCCUGUAUCACGAUCGGCCCCUUCUAACCAGAAGGUGGUUGUGAAACGCGAACCCCAACAGCAUGGUGUACCCCAAUGCUGGAUUUGUGGUGAAAAAGGCCAUCUACGUCAUGAUUGUAAACACCGCCUAAAAGAUAACUACUGCCGAAAUUGCGCGACAAGAUGGCGCAAAAGAAGAGAAGAUGAUCCUGUAUCACGAUCCUAA